UGGUAUGUGUCAUUCGUCCAUUUUGUUGUAGUCCUCCGUUUAUAUUAGUGUUGUAAAAAUCCGGAUUAAUUAAACUAUAAACCUUUACUGUUUUACUCACAGUUUAUCAUCCAGUGAAGUCAAAACAUCCAAUAUAAAAUAUAUUCUCUCGUCUCCAACUUGUUAAAAAAUUAAUAACAGCCACCCCGAAAAUAAUAGGUACGUUUUUCCACAUUUUUCCAAGUGUCUCUUAAAGUUGCAUUUCCUUGUGUGUUCAACUUACUUGAAAGAGCAUGGGUUCUAGCAGCAAGUCCAAGUACAAGGAAAAAGAAUCCUCGCGGCCGUCAAAGAGACGCCAUGGCAGCCCGAGUGAUGAAUAUGAUGCACCCCGAGAAAAACGGCACAAGCAUAAACAUAGGCAUCAUAAAGAGAAGAGAAGAGAGAGGUCCAAAGAAAGGGCUAGGCAGAAUUCUGAUGAUGAUGUCAUUGAAGUUAUCCCAGACACAGAAUAUCCCAUUGAAACUUCAUCAAAACAUGAGUCAAAAUAUGAUAGAGACUCAAAGUAUGAAUCAAGGGACUCAAAAUAUGAAUCAAGAGAGUCAAAAUAUGAAUCAAAAGAGUCAAAAUAUGAAUCAAGAGCGUCAAAAUAUGAAUCACGGGAAUCGAAAUAUGAGCCCAGAGAACCCAAAUAUGAUAGCAGAGAAAUAAAAUAUGACUCCAAGGCAGAAUCAAAACGUGAAUCUCAUCAGGACUCAAAAUCGGCUGAUGCUUCAUCAGGACAAGGAGGUUCGCAGGACACUCUCUCAAUUGAUGAAACCAAUAAACUGAGAGCUCAAUUGGGAUUGAAGCCGUUGGAAGUUCAAACUGAAACCAGUAAUGAUGGGAAGAAAAAAGAUGAUUUGGGAGAGUUUUAUCAUAAGCCUGCCGAAAACUGGGCGCAAAAGGCGGAGCGGGAGAAAAUCCGUGCUAAAAUCGCAGAGCACAAAGAGAAAAGGAUGUUGCAAAGUAAAUUCUCGAAAGUGAAAACUCUGGGAGAAAGUGAUAGUGAAGAUGAUGUCAGUAAUUGGGUGGACCGGAACAGGAAAAUUGAGAAAGCAAAGUUGGAAGCUGAAAAGAGGGCCAAAAUGUUGGAAGAAAUGGACGCUCAAUUUGGCAUAGGCGAUAUAAUCGAGCAAGAACAGAAAGAGCGGCGCAACAGGCAAUAUACCCAAAAAGACCUGCGUGGUCUAAAAGUGCAACAUGACAUUGGCUCAAUUGCCGAAGAGAAACAAGUUAUAUUAACCCUAAAAGAUAGUGGGGUACUUGAUAACGAGGAUGACGUUUUAGUCAACGUUAACAUGAUAGACAACGAAAGAUACACCAAAAACGUGGAAAAUAAGAAAAAGAAAAUUUUAUACAAUGCAUAUGAAGAUCAGGAGUAUGACGAAUUCGGCAACCCGAAAGAAAAGUCGCUUUUAUCUAAAUACGAUGAAGAAAUUGACGGGGAAAAACGAGAUAGUUUCAGGAUCGGAGAAGACGAUAAGUUAUUAGCCAAAAAGGCGGCAGUAGUUCAGUCGGUAAAAGAUAAGUUGGCCAAAAAACGGCUUGAAUCAAUUGCGGAGAAGAAUUUGGUUUUGGCUUCUGAAUAUUACAAUGAGGAAGAGUUGGCGAAAUUUAAAAAACCAAAGAAAAAGACGAGGAGGAUUCGGGCGAAAGGAAAAUUGACUGCUGAAGACUUGAUCUCGUCGCAGCAAAUUGAGCAAAUCGGGUCGAGGAGAAAUAAGUUAAAGGUCGAAGCCAACGAGCCUGACAUAAGCAUUGACGAUGUACCUGAUGUUGUCAUUCCCACCGACAUCAAACUAGAAGACGACAAAGACGACUUACUAGAAAAAGCGCUACAUAAAGCUAGAAAAAUGAAGCAAAAGGAGACUAUUAUUGCCGAUUUAUUAAAAAUUGAGCCUAAAGAGGAACCAGAGGAUGAUACUGGGAUAGAUAGCGGAAAUAUUAUUUUGAAUUCCACUGCAGAGUUUUGUAGGACACUUGGUGAUAUUCCUACAUAUGGCAAAGCAGGAAACCGUGAUGAAGCCGAAGAUUUACUCGACUACGAAAAGGAAGGAAUGAAUGAUGAAAAAAGUGACGAUGAGUGUCAAAUUAUUGAGCCUACUGGUUGGAAUUCGGUGGAUACAAAAGCUCAGGAGUUGGAUUUGGGUCGAUUGGCACCUCAGGAGGUUCAGAUCUUGGACGAAGAACCAGAUGUCAGUACAGGAGUGGGCGCAGCACUAAAACUGGCAAUGAGCAAAGGAUACUUGGACAAGGAACAAAACAAUCGUCCGAGCAAUUCCAGGUUUGCUCAUUUGCAAGCGCAAAACUACUCUAUUGAAGAUAAGAAUUACGGAGAGGAGGGCAAUGAAAGGGGAGGUAGAGGAAGUGGUCGCGAAAGAUAUUCGGGACCGAUCCAAGAAUUCCGGGAGAAGGAAAGUUUUAAACCGAACGUUAAACUGGAAUACAUCGACGAUGACGGGCAUAUUUUAAAUUCCAAGGAGGCGUUUAGAUAUUUAUCGCACAAGUUCCACGGCAAGGGACCCGGCAAAAAUAAGGUGGAGAAAAGGAUUAAAAAAAGUGUACAAGAACAGCUUAUGAAAAAAAUGAGUUCAACAGACACCCCUCUAGGAACCCUAAACAUGUUGCAAGCGAAACAAAAAGAAACCCAGUCGCCGUUUGUUGUUUUAUCUGGCAGUAAGCAGCAACAAACUGCCAUAUCGAAAAGCAGACGAUAAUUAUGCAGCAUAACCGGUGUUUUAUAUUAACGAUAAGUGUCAAAUAUCUGGAAUUUUAAAUUGCAUUUUGUUUGUGUAGGUAAAACCUAAAAUGGAAUCUGUCAAUUCUUAUAUGAGGAGUUCAAAGUUGAAGGUCAACGUAGGGGUUUUGGGAAGAAAUUUAUUAUAGAAGGAGGUAGUUCUAAACGCUAGCCCUGAGACCUUUAUAUAUCGCUUCUGAGUAUUUUUAUCUACUCACACUUCAUUAAAUUAUUGUUAUUUAUCUAUGGGUAAAUUUGUUUAAUGGUUAACCGGCAGAUGUUUUUUUUGCACGUUUCCUUAAUUACAUAUUCAUUGUUUCAUA